AUGGAAUCAGAAGCAAUUGAAAAAGAUAUGACUGCAGUUUCUCGCGAACCAUAUGAUAGUCAAUGUGAUGAGGCCCCUGGCCCUCGAAGCCAGCAACCCGAGCACGAGUACCGUACCAAUUUGGUGCUCUCGUUGCUCUUCACCAUGGUUGACCCUGAACCCGCCUCAUUUUCGCCGGACAACCUGGAGGAUGUCCUCAGCCGACUCACUAAACAACAACUAUAUCUUGGAGAGUCUGUCAAUGCCAUGACUCUCAAGAUUGACGAACUCAUUCAACGAGUUUCUCCAGUGUUCUCCACCACGCCACCCACUCCACCGCCGUUACCAGCGCCGGCACCUACACCCAUACACAGAUUGAAAUUAGAUGUGCCAAGAUUUGAUGGGUCAGACCCACUUGGCUGGAUUUACAAAAUAACUCAAUUCUUUGAGUACCAUGGUACCCCAGACUCAGACAAACUCACCAUUGCUUCCUUUUAUAUGGAAGGUCGCACGCUUGCCUGGUUUCAAUGGAUGAACACCUCUGAGCAAUUUCCGUCAUGGCCUGCCUUCUUGCAUGCACUGCGCACUCGCUUUGCCCCUUCACAAUUCGAGGACCCUUCAGGAGCUUUGAGCAAGCUUACCCAGACCGGGACGGUAACCCAGUACCUCUCUGACUUUGAGGACCUCGCUAAUCGCACGACGGGGUUGCCCUCCACCUUCCUUCUUAGUUGCUUUAUCUCCGGCCUCAUCCCGGAGAUACGGAGAGAAGUUCAAGCCCACCAGCCGGCCACCCUGGUUCAAGCCGCGGGUCUCGCGCGCUUGCAGGAGGAGAAGUUCUCCGAGAUGCGUCAACACCCUCGUCCUCGUCCUUCCCCUUUGCCCCAAUUCCAGAGAUCACCCUCAGUGUUUCCCUCCUUUCCCCAAGUCAACACUACUGCCCCCGUAUCCUCUCCACCCCUUUCCCCUAUCCUCAAGACACCCUCAUCGCCACUUUCUUCGACCUUACCACCUCUCUUACCACCCCCGCCCCCGCGACCACCGCCCCAAACCUGGAAACGGUUGUCCCCAGAGGAAAUUGCCUCUCGAAGGGAACGUGGCCUCUGUUUCAAUUGUGAGGAGAAAUUCCAUCGAGGGCACCGCUGCUCCUCUAGGUUUUUUCUCCUCAUAACUGAUGAGGAAGACCCGCCCCUUUCUCAUAUACCCAAUUUUGACCCGCCCAUUACUUUAACUCAUGACCCGGUACCUAUCCAACCCACAGACCCACCCGAAAGCCCACCUUCAUACUCAGCCCAAAUUUCACUUAAUUCCCUUGCUGGCCAUGUUGCUCCGGAGACAAUACGCUUCAUCGGUGCCAUCUCCGGCCACCCUUUGUUGCUACUGGUUGAUGGGGGCAGUACCCAUAACUUUGUUCAGCAACAAUUGGUGACCCAAUUGGGCCUCUCUUGCCGGACCACUUCUCCUUUGCGUGUAAUGGUGGGUAAUGGCCAAUAUUUGGAGUGUCAUUCCAUAUGUGACACCAUUUUCGUUCAGAUUCAGAAUCACAGCUUCACGGUCGACCUCCAUGUCCUCCCAAUCUCGGGUGCCAACGUGGUCCUCGGGGUCCAGUGGCUCAAAUCCCUCGGCCCUGUGUUGACUGAUUACUCAACCUUAAGCAUGCAAUUCAUUCACAAUGAUCAAUUGAUUACUUUACAGGGAGACCCCGAAGCUAGCCUGAGCUCCAUGACUUCGUCCCAGUUUCGCCGUCUUUGUCGGACACAGCCCCAGGGCCUUUAUUUUCAGAUCACGGUCCUUUCUGAUGACACCCCACCUUCUUCCCCAGACACCUUACCCCCUUCCCUUCAAGCUCUACUCACCAAGUACGAUGUCCUCUUUCAACCAUCUCCGACACUCCCACCACCACGUCCCACUGACCACCACAUUCAUUUACUACCCCUAUCAACGCCGGUCAACGUUAGACCUUAUUGUUACCCCCAUUUCCAAAAACAGGAAAUCGAAUUGCAAGUCGACUCAAUGCUUCAGAAGGGUUUGAUCCAACCCAGUACAAGCCCUUUUUCCUCCCCAGUCUUAUUGGUGAAGAAGCAUGAUGGAUCAUGGAGAUUUUGUGUCGACUACCGGGCACUGAAUUCCCUCACCGUCAAGGACAGAUUUCUGAUACCCACCAUAGACGAAUUACUUGAUGAAUUGGGGGGCGCUCAAUGCUUCUCCAAGCUCGAUCUUCUCCAAGGUUAUCAUCAAAUACGCAUGCAUUCAGAGGAUAUCCCUAAAACUGCAUUUCGAACUCAUCAUGGACAUUAUGAGUUCAGAGUGAUGCCCUUUGGCCUCUGUAAUGCUCCAUCUUCCUUUCAAGCUACAAUGAACCUCAUUUUCAGGCCCUUCCUCCGUCGCUUUGUCAUCGUCUUCUUCGAUGACAUACUUAUCUACAGCAGCUCUUUUGAUGAUCACUUGCACCAUCUGGACUUAACUUUCCAGGUUCUGCUUGACAACCACUUCGUUCUUAAGAAAUCUAAAUGUUCCUUUGGUCAAUCACAGGUUGAAUAUUUGGGACAUUUAGUUUCCCAACGCGGAGUUGAGCCCAUGCCUGAUAAGAUCGCUGCCAUUGUUAAUUGGCCUCAGCCUCACUCCACCAGAGCUGUUCGAAGUUUUUUGGGGCUCGCCGGGUUUUAUCGUAGAUUUAUUCGGGGAUAUGCCAUGAUUGCUGACCCUUUAGUUAAGGCCACCUCGGACCCCUUUCGUUGGACCCCACAAGCUCAACAGGCCUUUGAAGACCUCAAAUCGGCUUUGUCAACUGCUCCUGUUCUUGCACUUCCAGACUUUCAGGAGCCUUUCACAGUGGAGACUGACGCUUCCGGCAAUGGCAUGGGCGCUGUCCUGUCUCAGAGAGGACACCCCAUUGCUUAUUUCAGCAAGCCAUUCCCUAAGAAGCUCCUCAGGGCCUCCACCUAUGUUCGUGAAUUAUUUGCUAUUACCUCUGCAGUGAAAAAGUGGCGCCAAUAUCUCUUGGGCCACUCAUUCACCAUUGUCACCGAUCAUAGGAGCUUGAAAGAGUUGCUCACCCAAGUUAUUCAAACACCCGAACAACAUAUGUACCUGGCCUGA